AUGAAGCUAAUUAAGACUUGUAUUCUCCCUUUGCUUUUACUUCUUCUCAUCAUAUCCUAUUACGUAAGUGCUAUUGAAACAUUUCAAGAUGAAAAAAAAGAUGAAGGUGUUGUAGUGGAUGAUGAUGAUGGUUACGGCUGGGGAGGAGGACGUGGUGGUUUUGGAUUCGGUUGGGAUGGACGUGGUGGUUGGGGUGGCAGUUGGGGCGGUGGUGGAGGCAGCUGGGGAGGCAGGUGGGCCGGUGGGUGCCGAUAUGGUUGUUGUGGUCACAGAUAUGGAAACUGCUACCAAUGUUGUUACUCAGCUGCAGAAGCAAAAGCCUAUCAUCAAAAUGAAAUUCAGCCUUAG